AUGAGAAUUUKUGCCGUCCUAGGCUGUAGUAAUGGUACUUAUCGCCUUCAUAAAUGGAAAAAUAGUGAGUGCAUAGAACAUGGAUGCCGCCAUGAUCAGGAUGCUUGUUUAUGUACAUCGCCGUUUGUUUUAUUCCCUUUCCCGACCGAAAAAAGUAAUCAAGAGGAAAGGCAGAGGUGGAUAAAAGCAGUGAAUCGAAAAGAUCCAAAGACAGGUAAUAAUUGGCUUCCAUCUGCUGACGAUCGUGUUUGCUCCGAGCAUUUCGUAGAGGGAAAGCCAACGACUUCUCACCCUUUUCCCACACUAAACUUGGGUUACAAGACCAAAGAUGACUGCUUCAAACCAAAAAGGCCAGCUCCAAAGAUAAGAGAAACUUUGCCAAAAGAAAAGAAAUUCAAGAUAAAAGAAGAAGUUAGUGCCGGAAAACCAACUGAAAAUGUCAGCUCCGUUCAUGUUUAUCCAGUAAUCACCAUUAUCGAGCCUCAAGACGAACCUAAUGACCAAACAGUCAACCAGACGUCUAGCUCAGCCCUUGAUCAUAUAAAGAACGAUCACACAUAUACUUUUGUUCAAGGUAAACAAACAUGUGAAGGGUGUGACGAAAGAAAAAAAAUUAUUAUCCAACAGCAGAACAAAAUAGACCAGUUAGAGUUUGAAAAUUCACUUCUMAGUCAAAAACUAAAGUCAAAACAAAAGCAGCCAAAAAUCGUCAAUACGUUUAUCGAAAAUGACAAAAAAGUAAGAACAUAUACUGGCCUUUCAAGUAAAGAAGCGUUUGAAGCUCUGGUUAAUUAUGUCACUCCUAAAGCAAAGAAGAUCAGGUAUUGGUGUGGGGCCAGAAAUCUAAAGAUUAUAUCAACAAAAGUAAAAAGAAGAUUCAAAAAAUCUCCAAAAAAAUCUGGGCCAGAAAGAAAGCUAACUGUCAAGGAGGAACUGUUAUUAGUUUURUUAAAGCUAAGACUAGCUAUUAUAAAUCAAAUGCUUGCUGAUCUAUUUUCUAUUGGAACUACUACUACAUCUCAGAUAUUCAACACAUGGACAAAAUUCUUGGCUAAGUUUUUAAAGCCCCUCAUCUUUUGGCCAUCUAAAGAMWCUAUCCAACAACACCUACCUGCAUCACUGCGAAAAGAUUACCCAAACCUUAGAUGUACCAUAGAUUGCAGCGAAGUAUUUAUUGGUCGUCCAAGAGAUUUGKAAAUUCAAGCACUGACUUGGUCAGACWAUAAAAAACAUAAUACUGUGAAGUUUCUUGUUGGAAUUKCACCAAAUGGCAUGAUAAGUUUUUUAUCAAAGGCAUGGGGUGGCCGUGCUUCUGAUCAGCUAAUCACAAGGGAAUCAGGCUUUCUCAACUUAAUUGAUCCCUAA